AUGCCACGUCUGGUGGCCCCCCAGCAAGACCCAGAGCAGCCUGUGAUGCCAGGUGAGCAAGUGGCCCUCCUUUUUUGGACAGAGGAGGGCAGGAAUGGGCAUGGGGGGCAACUAGUCCAAGGAUGCAAAAGAGGACUCACCUGUUCCCAUGUCCUUCUGUUUGCAGUUCUGCUGCGGUUCCGCAUCCCAGCCCCAGGGGGUGAGUAUUGGAGAAAACAAGAGCAGACCUGCCCCCCCUUUGCCCCCCACUCUGCACUCUCAGAUGCGGAGAAGCCCUCCCCUCACGAGGAACUGACAGCCUGACUUUUGCAUUUCAGCUGCUGGAGGAUGAACAGCGCUACCUCCUGGGGGCCAUCAAGAGCUGCCAGGCAGCUGAGCUCAGGGGGCCCGGAUCCCUGAAGUGCUCCAAGCAGGAGACGGCCCAAGCCAUUCUGGUGAGUGAUGGGGGUGUGGGGGGAAGGGGCUGUGCAUCUGCGGAGAGGAGGACCCUGCCGGCUUAGGCCAUGGGGUUGCCAUUCCCCUGCAAAGCCAAGCCUGGUGUUUGGGGUCGGAGCUGAUUUUCCUCCUCUGUUCUCUUCCAGGACAUCUUGGGGCCCUUGGGGCACUUCAGAGAUCGCCCCCUGACCCUGGCCCUUGCCUUGGAGGCCCUCCUCCAGCUAAGGUGAGUGGGGUCUGUGGACGGGGUUGUGGGUGGGGGGCAGAACUCCAGGGGGAAAGAGCAGGCGGGAGGGAGAAGGGGCAAGGGAGACUCUAACCCCCUCCCUUUCAUCUCUGCAGCACCAUGAGGCCCAAAUUCAGCUGCGAUAUGAUCAGUGCGAUCCUGCACAGGACCUUGGAGGCUGUGCUGAAAGGGGCCGAGGAGGAGGAGGAGGAGAGAGAAGUAGGUCCUUGGUUUUGACUUCCCUUCACAGGCUCUUUCUUCUUCUUUGUCACACACUUGCAGAAUCCAACCCAGCAUUCACACUCUCUUCUCUCUUUUUCCGCAGGAACUGGAGAGGCACUUCCGGCUCCUGCUGGGGAGUCUCCAUAUGGAAGCCCCCAACCCUGGCACCCUCCUCCACCUUCUCAGCGUAAGUGUUCCAGUGGCAUCAGGGGUGGUUUUAGGGUUGUCCCCCCCAUCCCUUACCCAAUGGACUGCCCCAUUUCUGGGGCACAGAGCCUGUUUGGCCCCCAAUUUGGUCCAAGACCAAAGCUGGCAAACCCUCAUGGUCCAGAAGUGCCAGGGACUCCGUGGUGGGGGCAGUGGGGGCUGCUUUGGCCCAGACUGGCCCCUGACUCUGAGACACUCUUUCCUCCUUCAGGACCUCCGAGGAUAUGCCCUGGGGAAAGUGGGGAGGCUCAAGAACCAGCGGCCAGCAGCAUUUCCUUGCUGCUGGCCGUUGCCCGGAAAUACCCCAACCUCAGAGUAAGUACCUUGCCUUCUUUUAUUCAUUUCUUUGGUUAAUUUCACCUCCCCGCCAAGAUCACAUCCCCAGGUGAUCUUUAGCGCAGAUGAUGUGGGGUGUGUCCCUGGGGGCCAGGAUGAGGCCAGAGGCUUUUCCUGCCCCCUUUCCUGCUGCUGCCCUUCCACCUCUGCCCAGGAGGCUGCAGGGCCCAGGGAGGUCCUCUGGAACAAGGGAUUGGGCCCAAGACAGAGGAAGACCCGUCCUUCCAGACUUGGCGCUGCUUCUGUGCUCUCUUGCUCUCAUCUGACCCCAAUUUUUCUUUCCUCUGCAGAUGACAGUAGUUCGGCCGGACCUGGCUUGCUUCUGCCUGAAGCCGGAAGAAGGUAAGCCCCACACUUUGGAGACAGCGACCUUUAACUAAAGGCCUGUGGGAAAAUCUCAUUUUCAUUUUCAUUCUGUUCUCAUUCUCAUUCUCUUCCAUCCAGAUGACAUCAUCAUUGAAGAUUUAUAG